AGGGUCCAUCUUUGGUCUUUCAGUCACUCGCUCUUCUUUCCAGCUCAUCUUCAGACACGAUCCGCUUCUGAUUCAAUUCAGUCCCCUCCGGUCUGUGUCUUCUCCGUUCUGAUUUCCGACCACUGUUGACUUAUACUCUUCAAUGGGAAAUUGCAGCGGCGUAGCCUCCGGGCAUAGCCAACCAGGCAACGCCGACGCCGCCCAUUCCGGCCGUGCUCCUGACCAACGCAACAAUGGCAUCACCGUCCUCCCUCCGGACUCCAACCCCUCUCGUCCUCCUCCACCACCUACACCAGUUCUCUCUUCCGCCGUCGGACGCGUCCUUGGCCGACCCAUCGAGGACGUGCGUUCCACCUAUAUCUUCGGCCGCGAACUCGGUCGUGGUCAAUUUGGUGUUACCUACCUGGUCACCCACAAAGUCACCAAGGAGCAAUUCGCCUGCAAAUCCAUCGCUACCCGCAAACUGAUUAACCGCGACGAUUUGGAGGACAUUCGGCGCGAGGUUCAGAUCAUGUACCACCUCACUGGUCAUCGCAACAUUGUGGAGCUUAAGGGAGCUUACGAGGAUCGCCACUCUGUUAAUUUAAUCAUGGAGCUUUGCGCUGGCGGGGAGCUGUUUGAUAGGAUCAUAGCCAAGGGGCAUUACUCGGAGCGAGCCGCGGCAGACUUAUGUCGGCAGAUCGUAACGGUUGUGCAUGAUUGUCACACCAUGGGAGUUAUACAUAGAGACUUGAAACCUGAAAAUUUCUUAUUCCUCAGUAAGGAGGAGAGUUCACCUCUUAAGGCAACUGAUUUUGGCCUCUCCGUGUUCUUCAAGCCAGGAGAUGUAUUUAGAGAGCUUGUUGGGAGUGCAUAUUAUGUUGCUCCUGAGGUCCUGAGUAGAAGCUACGGACCAGAAGCUGAUAUUUGGAGUGCUGGGGUUAUAUUAUACAUUCUUCUCUCCGGCGUCCCACCCUUCUGGGCAGAAAAUGAACAGGGUAUCUUCAAUUCAAUUCUCCGUGGGCAUAUUGAUUUCGCAUCAGAGCCUUGGCCUUCCAUCUCAAGUAGUGCCAAAGACCUCAUCAAAAAGAUGCUUCAAUCUAACCCAAAAGAAAGGCUUUCAACAGUUGAAGUCCUUAAUCAUCCUUGGAUGAGAGAAGAUGGGGAUGCAUCUGAUAAGCCACUUGAUAUUGCUGUUCUAUCCAGAAUGAAACAAUUCCAGGCAAUGAACAAGCUAAAGAAAGUAGCUUUGAAGGUAAUUGCAGAAAACCUCUCCGAAGAAGAAAUCAUUGGUUUAAAGGAAAUGUUCAAAUCCAUGGACACAGAUAACAGUGGAACAAUAACUUUUGAUGAAUUAAAAGCUGGUCUCCACAAACUGGGUAGUAAACUUUCUGAGCCUGAAAUAAGGCAGUUGAUGGAAGCGGCUGAUGUAGAUGGAAAUGGAGCCAUUGAUUAUAUUGAGUUUAUAUCGGCUACCAUGCACAUGAAUCGAGUGGAAAGAGAGGACCACCUAUACAAAGCCUUUGAAUAUUUUGACAAGGAUAAGAGCGGGUAUAUCACCAAGGAAGAGUUGGAAUCUGCCCUUAGGAAGUAUAAUAUGGGUGAUGAGAAAACUAUAAAGGAGAUAAUUGCUGAAGUUGACUCAGACAAUGAUGGAAAAAUUAACUACGAAGAGUUCGUAGCCAUGAUGAGGAGAGGCAACCCGGACUUCGCAAACAACAGACAUCGUUAAUAAACUCAGCUGGAAUUGCCUGUCUUCACGCAGAUUCAAUACGGUAUUAAUCUGAACACUCGCGCGCCAUAUAGCUUGUG